AUGUCACCUCCACCAGCGUCCAAUCCGGAGCAGCCAAUCCCAGUCCUGCUGCUCAAGACGAAAUCAAGUCCAACAGACGCAUAUGAAGAGCUCUUUUCAAGAGCAUCCAGCAAUGGCAACAGCAGCAGCAGCAGCCUCUCCUUCGAACCAACAUUCGUACCAGUCCUACAACACCAAUUUGACGACGCCGGGGUAGACAAACUCCGAACGUUACUCCGCCAGAAGCGCAUCGGCACGAGCCCGGACUGCGAAUUCGGCGGCAUCAUAUUUACUUCCCAGAGGGCAGUGGAGGCGUUUGCACAUGUCGUGCGCGAAGACGAAGCAGCAAAAGAUUCCCCAGAAUGGCCUCACCUGCAACACAUCCCCAUCUACAGCGUCGGCCCCGCCACCACCCGCGCCCUCACAGCCGUCUCCCAACAGCCCCCGCUCCAAAUCUUUGGCAGCCACACGGGCAACGGCGAUGCCCUCGCGCACUACAUCCUCGACCACUACGCCGAGUGGCAUCAUCACCCUUCCAGCCUACCCCCGCUGCUCUUCCUCGUCGGCGAACAGCGCAGGGACAUCAUCCCGCGCACCCUGAUAGACCCUUCUCUGCCUAACAACAAGCAGAUUCCCAUCGUUGAGGAAAUCGUCUACAGCACUGGCGAGAUAGAAUCGUUCCCUCAAGACUUUGCGACCGUACUAGAAAGGACGCGAUCCAGCUCUUCUCGGUGGGUCAUUGUCUUCUCGCCGACGGGCUGUGACAGCAUGCUCCGCGGUCUUGGCAUGUUAGAUGCCUCCACGGGGAAAUUUGUGCCUGGACGGCGGGACGAGCAGACGUUUGUAGCCACCAUUGGGCCUACGACUAGGAGCCACUUGGUCAAGAAAUUCGACUUUGAGCCUGAUGUCUGCGCUGAGACGCCCACACCAGAGGGGCUGUUGGAGGGAAUAGUGGCAUUCCGGGAGAGAACCUCCUGAGAAGCUGUUACGACGAGACGUAAUUCAAGCAAGAGGAGGAAACACAAGCUUGGGGAAAGCCAAUGCUGGACAUGGCACAUCUGACUAUAGCACUAUAACAUUGUAAGAGUAGACAUUAGAGAGGCAUAGAUGGUGGGAAAUAGCGCUCUUUC